CUGUAAUGCGACCUUUGGACUUGAUUUGAUGUAUAGAUAAUGGAGUAUAAUAAAUGUAUCAGUGCAGUCUGUUUCCUAUUUCUGAUAAGUGUGACAACAAUUGAUGGAGUGUUAUUUGAGUCUGUCGGUGGGAGUGAACCAGUCAACACUAUGCAGUUCUCUUUGGUAUGUUCUAAUGGAAGUGGUAGUGGAGUUGACUUUUUCAAAGAUGGAAUAAAUGUGGGAUCAUGCAUACCAAACACACCUGUCCCAGGAGGAUCAUGUUUAACUAAUACUGGAUACAGCUUUCUAACUGAUGGUGCUACAACAUACACAUUUAUCAUCAAUGACAUUAGCAGCAGUAGUUGUGGAACAUACAAGUGCCAAUAUCUUGAAAACUUACAAGAAGCCAGUUACCAGCUGAUUUACAACAAAUUUAGCACAAAUAAUACAUCCCUUUCACCACAAGAACCAACAGCAGGUGAAAGUGGAGCAUUAAACAUAACCACAGCAUGCCUGUUUCCAAACUCAGAUGAAAGUCUAACUAUCAACUGGUAUAAGACUUACCAGGAUGGAAAAGCAGAUGAAGCCAUGGACUCAAGUUUUGAAAUCUACAAUGAGACACAAACAUCUACAUGCUCAGAUACAUGUGGCACUGGCACUGAUGCCAAGCUGGUCAUUGGUUGCAGAUAUACUCCUCCGUCAAAUCCUGGCACUGGGUUUCAGAUUAAAGUGGAAGUCAUGCAUAAGGCCUACACGGACAAAUUGUACUGGACUUUUGCUGGCACCUAUUAUGCUGAAGUUGACUUGUUGUCUUUAACUUUAUAAUUUAUUGUUGCAAUAAAACAGUUGUUUGAA